UCGUCAGGCCCCGUUACUCCAUCCCUACUUGGCCCAAACAUCCCCAGAACCUGGCCAUGUGUCCCCUGUGGGCUGUGCUUGCUCUGGGCUGGCUGCCUCUGAGCCUGGCAGUGGACCUGGAGCCUCAGCUGGCCAGCAUCACAUUUGCCACCAACAACCCCACCUUGACCACCGUCACCCUGGAGAAGCCCUUCUGUAUGUUCAAUGCCUCCAACCUGCAGAACGUCUCCUAUGAGGUCAACCUGUACGUGAUGGUGAACUCAGGGAGCGUCCGGCAGGCGGUGGUCCAGGACAAUCGCAGCUUCCCAAUCAACAGCACCUUCCAGGAGACGGCGGGAGGGCAGAGAGCGCCUUACAAGGCCGCCUCCUUCCUCCUGCCCCAGUGCGCUGACCUGCCCGACCUGAACGAGGCCGGGGAUGUGAGCAAAGCCGCUGAGAUCCUACAGGCCUACCUGGUCAGGGUCGGAGAUGAUGGUUACUGUUUACUAGACCCCAACUUUAAGGGUACCUGCAACCCCCCUCUCACGAGAGCCACGGCGUACAGGUUCAAAUAUGUCUUGGUAAAUACAUCAAGUGGUUUUGUGGAAGAUCAGACCCUGUGGUCUCAGCCAAUUCGGACCAACCAGAUUUCUCCACCCUCGGAUAUCGACUUGUGGCCUGGCAGGCGAAGCGGAGCCAUGAUUGUCAUCACCUCCAUCCUGAGCACCCUGGUCUUCUUCCUGUUGGUGGGCUUUGCGGCUGCUGCCAUCUUCAGCUUCGCGAGUAUGGGGAGUUCCGACUUAGAGAUGCAGCAUGAAUCCCAAAUCAGCCAGGAGGCAGUUCCCAAAGCGCAGGGAGCCCAAGAGCCCUCCUAUGCCUCUGUGAACCGAAGGCAGUCUCUGGACCGGGCCGAGGUUUACACCAGCAAGCUGCAGGACUGACAGCCGCCUCAGGGUCCGAAAGAACUAUCUGCCGGCAUCUGCUCCCGCGAUU